AUGGCUUCCGAAAAGACACGCUCGUUUAUUUGUGUCGGUGUGUCAUGUUUAUUUACGAUAGUGUAUGCGGGAUGGAUCAUUCUUUUGCAGCAACAACAAAUCCAUUUGAGUUCAUUGAUAUGGUUUGCUUUGGUGAUGAUCAUGUGUGCUCAUAGUCCGUGGGUACAGCCAAUUCAAAUGGCCUGUGUCCGUGCUAUUUUACCCCUGAUUUCGUACGCCAUGGCCAAGAACACCACUACCACCGAUGCCAACCAUUGCAUGAAAGAGGAGCCAGCAGAAAACCAAAGGCGAUAUCGGUUUGAACUAUAUCACCAUCAACGUUGGUGGUUUCCUACUGGCUGGAGCAACCUUUUACUACCACAAGACCGUGCAGUUUGGACGGAUGCUCAUUUAGAAGCAGCACCUUCUAUCAACAAUUUUUGUUUGCCACCAAAGACAACAAGCACAUUACCAGACACCAAUCAACAAAAGAUUGUAUCAUGGACUUGGGUAGAUCCCGAAUGGUCGAGAUAUCAAGAUGCGACCACAGACAAGGGUGGUUGGGAAUAUGGAAAUUGGCACUGGAAACAAUGGGCUGUUCAAUCCAUCGGAUUAGGCAUUUGUACUAGAAGACAGAAAUGGUAUCGAGAUGCUCAACGCACGGAAUGCUUGGUUCAGCUGCCUACAAAUCAUCAUCAUCAUCAGCAACAAGAAGAGGUCAUUCAUUGGGAUAAUCAGAGCAUCACAACCAACAACAGCAGCAGCGGUAAUGGCAGUAGCCUCAGUGGCAUCAUGACACCAGUCGACCCCAUUAUUGUUUCAUUCGACAACAAAGGAGAAAGAAUGCUUCGUCGUCGUUCAUCUAAUCUAUCCAACAAAAGUGUUAUAUUCAACAAUACACUAGAAGUAUGUUCCAAUUCUCCAUCAGCGGAUGACUUGUACAACAAAUACUGCAAAUCACCUAAACCUCAAGUCCUUAAACGAUUCAGCAUAUAA